AUGAAUUAUAUUCACUUUUUACUUCUCUGUUGCCCAAAUUUAGAAUCUAUUGAAUUUCUUUUUAAUUCGAAGUUGAAAACCGAUUUUUAUAGCUACUCGUGCUCUUACGAAUCUAUUUUUGAAGGCUUUGUUCCUUCAAUUUCACCAGAAGAAUAUGUUACAAAUCUUGAAUUAUUUUUCACUGCAAUUAUUGAUUUUCUCAAAAAUCUAGAAAAGGGUGGUAAAAAUUUGAAAAUUAAAAUAGAAUUUUAUUCAACAUUUCCUGCUGAUACUUUUGAUCUUAUUCCUACGGAUAAUAAACUUUUUUAUAUGGGAAAACGUAUCGAAAUCAAAAAUAUUCAUCCGACACGAGGCAUUUAUUCUUGCGCGACUCCACAAUUUAUUGGACGUAACAUUGAAGUUGUUGAUUCUAUUGGAAGACAACAUGAAUGUUUUGUUAAAAUACUUUCUGAAAAACAGGAGGAGGAUUAUUAUAUUAAUGAUGAUUAUGAUAAUUAUUUCAAUGGAGGAUAUGGUUUUGACGAAUAUGCAUAUAUUGACGCAUAUUCUCUUGAUCCACACAAUAUUUAUAUGUGUUGA